AUGGCGGCACGAAAUGCCUUGAUCAAGGUAGCCAAAGAAACGCAGACCGUAUUACCUUCCAUCGUGCAGCAACUUCCCGACCUCAACCCAAGCUCAUCUGAACGCCUCGACUACAAGACCCUUCCAGCUCUCGAGGCAUCUUCAUGUCCCAAGCGAACAGCCAAGGGCAACGUGACCGUUCGUGUCCUUCAAGAAGAUUCGCUCAAUGCAGCCAUUCAACUCGCAAGCACCCGCGGUCCGGAAUCAGGCCGCGUCGUCGUCCUGAGCAACGCCAAUGCCAGGACCCCGGGCGGGCCGUGGCUUCAAGGCGUCAUGGCACAAGAAGAAGAGAUGUGUUACCGCAGCUCGCUAUCCUUGUCGCUCCAUGAGGACCUCUAUCCUUGGACAGGCACGCAGGGCCUCUACACGCCUGAUGUGGUUAUCAUUCGCGACGAUGUCAAGUCCGGACAUGGCUUGCUCUAUCCAGCGACUGAAGCUGCAAACCUCCCCGUCGUGAGCGUCAUCAGCAUCGCUGCCCUCACACGUUUCAAACGCACCACGGAGCAAAUCACUCUCAACAACGGCGUGCAAAGCAUCACGGCGAAGAGAGCCGUCUACAAGAACACCCAAGACAGAGACAACAUGAAGAAGAAGAUGCGGUUCAGUCUACGCAUCGCAGCGUCCAAGGGCCAUGGGCUGCUCGUCCUGGGCGCGUUUGGAUGCGGCUCGUUUGGUAAUCCUCGGGACGAUGUUGCCGAAUGCUGGCUGGAGGUGCUGCGGGAGGAGGAGUUUGCGGGAGGAUGGUGGGAUGAGGUUUGGUUUGCGGUGCUGGAUCCGAGGGGGGAUGGCAACUUUGGGGUGUUUCGGGAUGUUCUUGAUGGGGUGAGGAUUUGA